AUGGGUUUUCCUAGAAAGUCCUUGUUCCUUCUUUUGUUCCUGGUUUUGUUCACAAAUCUUGGGCCAUCCCAACUUGCUGAAUCUGCUUCUGAUUACACUACUUUGGUCUACAAGGGCUGCUCAAAGGAGACUUACACAGAUCCAAAUGGGGUGUAUUCUCAAGCUCUUUCAGCACUCUUUGGUUCAUUGGUUGCACAAUCCACCAAAGCCAAGUUCUUUAAGGCCACCACUGGCAGUGGCCAAAACAGCAUAACCGGUCUCUUCCAAUGCAGAGGGGACCUCAGCAAUUCUGAUUGCUACAACUGUGUCAGUGGGCUCCCAGUUUUGUCUGACAAGUUGUGUGGCCACACCAUAGCUGCCAGGGUUCAGGUCCUAGGUUGUUACAUGCUGUACGAGGUUGCUGGUUUUUCACAAAUCUCAGGGAUGCAAAUUCUUUACAAGACUUGUGCGGCAACAAAUGCAGCUGCAGGACAUGGGUUUGAAGAGAGAAGGGACACUGCAUUCUCAGCGAUGGAAAAUGGGGUGGUCAGUGGCCAUGGCUUUUACGCUACUAGCUACCAGUCUUUGUAUGUGAUGGGACAGUGUGAGGGAGAUGUUAGUGAUUCUGAUUGUGGGGAGUGUGUGAAACAAGCUGUUCAGAGAGCUGAAGUUGAAUGUGGGAGCUCUAUUUCAGGUCAAGUCUAUUUAUAUAAGUGCUUCAUUAGUUAUGGUAAUUCCCCAAAUGGGGUUCCUGGGAAACACUCUUCAUCUGCAGGAUCAUCUUCUUCUUCUUCGUACUCUUCAACUUUUUCAGGGCAAAAUACAGGGAAGACAGUGGCUAUAAUAUUAGGAGGGGCAGCUGGGGUGGCUUUUUUGGUUAUAUGCUUGUUAUUUGCUAGGAGUUUGAUGAAGAAACAUGGUGAUUAUUGACAGGAGAAGAUGGUUGGACGAGGGGAGGCAAAAUUCUUCUUGCGGUGGAUUGUUUCUACAUAUAUAACUUUUGGGGUGAAAGAGAUGGAAAAUUUCUGGUAUAUAUACUUAGCAGAUAGAGAAAGAAU